CCAGCACAAUGCCUCACUUCACAGAUGAAAGCCCCACAAACCAACACGUCUCAUCUCUUGCGACUGACGCUCUUAAAGCCGCCCAGCUCGCCCAGCGACCUAAUCGCCGUGGGGCUCAUGUCCUCGUCAUUCUCCGCCUCAUCGAUCUCGCCAGUGAGCAGCAGCCUCGGCGGGGCGGCAUUUUCGGCCUGUGUCCACUCAGAGGGGACGGGCAGCAUGCCAGUGAGGGCUGUCCGGCCGGGGCUGUAUCGGCUUGUGUAUAGCGCCACAUGCACUGAGAGGGCACCCUGCACGUAAGAUGGCUGCCGAUUUGCCGUCGGUGGAAGCAGCUUACGAACCAGCCCGUCAAGAGCACCUGUCGAGACAUCACCAACAGGUUCCCGUGUCCACUGUGCGUAUGUUCCCGUGUCCUUUGCCCGUCCGCCUACCAUUGUCGUGCAUUUGUCGGAGCUGCCGUGCCGUCUCGGGUGGGAAUGUGUCGAUGAGAGUCACAACGAUGUCCGUCGCCUCAGCAAUCGUCAUGAACGACGGGCUCGCGUCGGUGGGCGGAGGCGGCAGCGGUAGCGUGAUCAUGUGAUAUGGCACGAGGGUGGCCUGGAUGGAAUGGGGCGGCGUCGAUGACGAGGGAGCGAUGGGUAGGUUGAGCGAUCCCCGGAGCGCCUCGAGGCGUCUGACGAGGGCGUUGAUGGAGUCCUGAAGGCUGAGCACCAGCUGGUAGUUGUGGCCGAUCAUCACAAGCGCCUCUGCUAUGGUGAGGGUCGUCUGGCUGUCGACGUGAUGCGUCCACUAAUCAGCAAGAGCACAAAAGACCCACAUCGAUUUCUCGGCAAAGACUGUGUGUCUUUUUUCUAUUCUCACCUUGACGCAGCCAUCGAGUAUCUCCAGAGCCUGCUCAGCUGGUACAGCCACAGCCAGCCUCAGCUCACUUUUCUCGCCCUCUGGUUGUUGGUCCUGCUGCCCGGCCAUGAGGUUCUUCUGCUGCCAGUAUGACAUACGCCUGGCGGCCUCGUAAUCCUUGGCACGAUCAGCCGUGCCCUUGGCAUGCUUGCUGUGGCCUGGACUGACGCUGCUCGCGUGGGGACUCACCAACGGCUCCGGGCCUUUCUUCUGCAGCAAGGAGGGAUGAUCCGGGCAGGGGCGUGCGGCUAUAUGUGUGUUCUCGUCAAUGCAUACAUACCUCUGCAAUGUGGUAGAAAUUGACUUCAUCCGGAAGGUUGUCGUCAUGGGUGAAGAGCAUCUGCUCAAUCCUGUAGUGCGGCAGGUGGUGUCGCCACACAUUUCUGACAGAUGCAUACAAGCACACACAUGUAUCUGCCCUUCUCCGUGUGUCUUGUGCGUGCGCGUGCACACCUGAUGAAUCGCUUUCCGGACAUCCACACAGUGUCUUCGUUCGCCACGCCAGCGCGGAUGCGCAGAUAUGCCUCGAUAACAAUGGCUGCAGCCACAGAGGGGUGCGUUCUUCAUGUCUCGCUGGAUGGCCGGGCGAGUGGGUGCUGUCUGUAUCGCUCACUCAAUCACUCACCGAGCAAUAGGUUGAGCAUGAUGAGUGCCACCAAGGUCCCGAACAGCCACAUGAAUAUCAUGGUGUUGGUCUUGGUCCCCUCAUCGCCCAGCCAGCUCCAGUGGAACCAACCCAUCACCAACUGACAACAUGCACACACGAGGCAGACAGGCAGAGACACCAUCUAUGGCACCAUGUCCGUCUCCUAAGUGCUGGUCUCACCAGCAGGCAGGACGAGAGACUGGCGUUGAUGUCGCGGAAGUAGGAGAUCUUGUAGCCGAAGAGCACCAUGCCAGAAAAGCAAAAUCUGCACAAACAGCACGAGAAGGCUCGGUUGAGCGCGUAGAGACAGCGUAGUCACGUACGCGAAGAAGAUGCAGAAAAAGACGAUGGCCGGGUGAAAGGCGUCCCUGAUGGAUGCAGCCAGAGUACGCGUCACCACCGACAACAUCGGCUGCUUCCGAAAGGCGUUAAAGAACCUGACAAAUGAAGAGAGAAAAGUAUCGAGACAAAGAGCCGCACCCGUCUCCAUGAGUAUGUGAGAAAGACUGACCGCAUUCCCAUCAAGACGGCAGCAACGGAGACCAGCGUGCGGUGCUCAGUCACAUGGAGUAUCAGGUCCUGCAGGCAUCCGUAUCAGUAAUGCAGGCCAGCAACACCCAGGUGUCCGCCUAUGUUACCUCUAGUGCGUCCAUCGACACUUCGAGCUUGUCGUACAUCUUUGGGGAGUUGGGCUCACUCUCGGCCAGCUUUGUGAAGUCGAUGAGGUGCUUGAUGGCACCGUGGUCUAUCAUCACCACCACUGCCCAGUCGUAUAUCGCAUACGCACUGAUGCCAACCACCAGCCAAUCCAAAAAAUUCCUGCAAUGGACACACACCCAGUGUGCACAUGUGUCUGCCAGUGAGGUCCUGGUGUCCUGCGCACCAGAAGUCUCCGGCGUAUAGCUUGAAGCCGGUCCAGUAGCCGUAGCUCCACAUGUUACUCGACAGCUCCAUCCCCUUCGAGUAGGCGAAGAACAGGAAACACGCCGCGAACAGCGCAUCCAGGAAAUAGGCCCACUCGCGGCCACGAUAAGGGUCAGACUGACGCACACAAGUCCACAUAUGAAGGGAACAAGACGGACUGUGGCGCCAGUGCUCUUGGCAGUUACCUGCACCGUGUCGAGCUUGAGAGUUGGCUUCACGCUGCCGCCGCGGAAGAAAUCGAAGGUGACACUCAGCUUCGCAAAGAGACCCAGCUCACCUGCGCGAUUGACACAAUCGUGACUGCUGCGAUUUGUCCCUUUCUUCUUUCUUGUUUACCGUUGUACAUGAAGACAGCAACGUCUACGCUUUUGGUUGAGAGGUCGACCCACCUGGCCUGCACCAGAUAGUCGAUGCGCCGCCUGAGCAGCGACACCGGCAUGUAUGUCGGCAUGAAGAACCUGUACUCGCCGUUGGUCCUGGCCUGCGCCCAGACGCACACGGAUACGAACAUGAAAAAAACGAAUGCAGGUAAGCUGAAGCCGCCCAUGUCUUUGAGUGCGUGCUGACUUUGAACCCCUCUCCCUCCUCGCCAACGCCGAAUGGGCCCAACUCGCCCACUGGGCCAAACGAGAUGGCCGUGGAGUUGUCGAAGUAGUACGCCUUGCUGGUCGUCAUGGGGUCGUGGCAACAAGUCUUCGAAUUGGAACAGCGGAAGAUCCUGACAGUGAGCAGCAGAACCUGCGUCGCUCCGUCCUUGUGCUGGUGUCAUUGAUUUACUCACUCGUCGAGGUCUGGGUUGAUGCACUGGUUGUCCUUGCUCCUUCUGAGAAUGAGAUUGACGCCGCCGACGAUCUGGUUGUAUCGCUCGUACCGCCCCCACUGUGACUGAGGCAGCUCGUUGCCAAAGGCAUCUGUCUGGCGGAACAGCGUGUUGAUCAUUCCCACCCUCAACCACUGCCAAAACUACACACACGUGAGAGACACACAGACAGACAGACAGACAGACACGUGGGCAAGUGUUGUCUCCAUGUAUGGUUGCUUACUUCGUCUUCUGUGUGGAUGUUCAAAAGCGUCUUUCCCUCGUCGAACUCCGACUCGCGAACACCACCCGCGAUGCUGCAGCCAACCAUCCAUCCAUUUAAAUCCAAGCAACAGGGCGCAAGUAUGUAUUGGGGAUGGUUACGUCUGCUCGACUGAGAAUAUCUGUGAUAUGUUCUCAUGGCCCCACACCACCAGCACGAAGGCGAUGAAGAACAGCAACUGAGACACAGACCCACCCACACACAGACUCAUCGACCGUUUGAUCCUCUGUGUCUCGUGCUGUACCGCGAAGGGCAAAAAUCGCACUGCUUGCUCCUCAUUCUUGUGAUGGUGGAUGUAUCAUGGGAGACAGGCAAUUAAUCGCGCAUACCAAUCAGCCUAUGUCACAAUGGACUCCUACACGUCCACAGCUCUUACCGCACGGAUCUGGACGAACCUGCACGACGGACAACAGACCAACAAAAUUGCUUACUCCUCCGUGUCUGCACAUCGAUCCGUGAGUCUGCUUCUGACUUGAAAAGGUCUUCCUUUGGCACCGUCCCCGUGUAUGCGUCAAGGGGUGGCAGCUUCUGCCUGCCCCGACGCCCCACACUCGAACCAACGCUCCCCCGCCGAUGCUCGUGAGCACCCACAGGCUGACCAGUGACCUGCAUGUGCAGAGAUAAGGAUGAACAGGCACGUGUGUGCAGACUGAUGCACGAUGUCAUAAUGAUUGCGCACCGGGUGUGAGACGACGGAACAUGCAUCACCGAGAUCACUGAGCGGUGCGGUGCCAACGGUGCCCUUCUUCUGGGCGAAGGACCUCGACAAGUUGUCCCUCGUCUUUCGGCACUCCACGUACUCGGCAAACUGCUCCUGCGUGAGCAAAGGGAGGAAUGAAGUCAGUAGCGGAGGGCACGACCUGAGUCGGGGUACUUACCUCAGCCGAAUGGAGCGAGCGGUGGUGGGGCACGAUGAAGCUUGCUGCAGCGAACUCCGUCAUCCUGCGAGACUGC